UCGUAGGUCUGGAACCAAAUCUGUGACUGAAGUGUCAUGCUAUUGGAAAAAAUCAAGACUGUCUUCAGUGGGCUCUAAAAUAAAAAGCAUGACCAUUAAUGAGAUGGUAGAUGAGUCGAAAGGGGUAAAGAAUUCCGAGAGUCAAGUUUCACAGCUCUCAUCUUCCACAAAAAGAAAGAGGAGCUCCAAUGACUUUCUACAGAGGACAGAACAACGAGGCAUUGACGAAAAACAUGACAGUCAUCAUGUACAUUUUUUCAAACCCAGAGAUAACUGGGAGAUAAUCUCACUUUAUCACUUAACCUGGAGUUAUUCUGGCAAUCGUGACGAUGCGCAAGAAUUCUUGAACUUUUGUCAGAAUAGUUAUUCUUUUAAAGACUGUGUAACCGUUGCAAAUCUAACGAAGGAUCAGAGCCAAUCACCAAUUUGGUACGAAAUGAGGUAUGGACGCAUAACCGCUUCAAUAUUCGAUCAGACGGCCCACCGUCACACAACAGGAGGGGCUCUCUUCAACAAAAUUAUGGGAGGAAAAACUAUCGAUACAGGGGCGAUGGCAAGGGGGCGAGAGUUGGAAUCCGACGUGAUUAAGGUUGUAGAAGACUUGAUCGGGGAGAAGAUAUUGAAGUCGGGCUUGUUGUUGUCCCCUCAAUAUCCUUGGUUUGGAGCAUCACCCGAUGGCUUAACUAGAACUUCAAUUAUUGAAGUUAAGUGUCCAACUAGAACUGAUACUGUCUCAAAUUACUAUCACAACAAUGUCGUGAAUCCAAACUGCCGAGCACAAAUAGAGUUGCAAAUGCUAUUUGCUGGAAAAAAGAAAGCUAAAUUUUGCAUUGCUGAUCCAAAUUUUCCAUGA